UGCGACGUACUAUGCGACUCUGCUGUGUAAAAACGUUUCGAUGUUUGUUGUGUUUUCUAGUCGUAUCUAAGGAAACCCAUGCAUGCCAUCUGUGCUCCUUGACCAAUGAUAUUUACGGAUAUUAAUAUAAAUAUGGCGCUCUACUAUGCCGGUUUCAACGCAAGUCCGUUAUUUACGGAAAAAGAAGACAUUGUUAUAGCAUUGGAUCAAUUCACAAAAGUUCCCUUUUCUGGUGUUACAAAUAUGGAAAUUAGUUGGAACUACUUCCUCCUUUGGAGAGAUUUGGAGUUAUAUAUUGUCGGAAAAGUAGGCAGCGACGAUGACAAGAAACCACCAGAGUUGCUAAAAAUUCCAGAAUCAUCCGGAAGGUGUAAAAUCGUUGGCACUGGAAAGGAAAGCAUAAUAAUUUCAACAACUAAUAACGAAAUUUGGCAAUACCGUCUUUACGAAAAAUCUUGGAAGAAAGUUCCCAAUUUUAUCAAUGCCAGCAAAGAAUUGGAAGAAGAAUAUCCUAUCAAAAUAUCACAAGGAGGGUGUACAGUAAUUCUUACAAAUUUAGGACGCAUUUUUAAUAUUCCUAUUUUGGUAGAAAUGCCAAAAAGGAUAAAGUUUGUAGAUUUCUCCUGUGGUUUUGAUCACACGAUAAUGUUGGCAGCAAAUGGCGAUGUUUAUUCGAUGGGUAUGGGCACCCGUGGACAGUUGGGACACGGUGAUUUAGAAGACUGCGACGAACCGCAAUUAAUAGAGGCACUGGCUGGCCUGAACGUAGUGCAAGUAUCUGCUGCUGGUUGGCAUAACGCUGUUGUUACAGAUCAGGGAGAUCUUUACACUUGGGGAUGGAACGUGAACGGAGAAUUAGGCAUACCAAAGGGAGACACCAAAGUCGUAGCGAUUCCUACAGUCAUCAAUUUCACAAAUGAUAAAGAGGAAUGCAUAGAUAUAAACGUAAAAAAAGUACAAUGUGGAAAUACGUUUACCAUUUGUAUGAUGGGUUGGUACGAUUUAAUUACGUCGACUUUAAUUUCAUCGAAUGCACCUUCCUAUAUCUUUCAAUUCGUAACAGAUGACAAGUCGUUUUGGGGUUGCGGUUCCAACAAAUAUGGACAGUUAGGACAAUCACGGCAAAAAGUUACGAGUUCUACAAUUUUUUUUAAGUUAGACGUUCCCUUGGAUCGUAAAAAUAUAAUAGACUUUAAAUGCGAAGAAUGGGGUACGAUGAUAUCGACAGAAGUUAUUUCUUCUGUUAGCUAAUGUCCUUACCGUAUAUGGAAUGUCAAAUAAAAAGAGGGAAAAAUCAA